AUGGGAGAGCACAACCACCAAAGCAGCGACUCCCAGACGUUGGGCGAAGGAGCAAGCGCUGAAAAGCACCCGGAAACUGGGCAGGCCAACAGCCAUGUUGACGCGGCGCCUGUGGAUAUUUCUCCUCGGAGUAUCCAUGGUUGGAAGUGGGCGGUGGCCUACAUGGCCAUGCUGUCGACCACGUUUCUUUUUGCCCUAGAUAACACGAUUGUUGCCGACAUCCAACCCGCCAUUGUUCACGAUUAUGGAAACGUCGAGUUGCUCCCCUGGAUCGGAACCGGCUUUGCCCUCGGCACGAUGGCAAUACUUUCCUGGGGCAAAGUUUACGGCAUCUUCAAUAUCAAGUGGGUCUACACUUUUAACAUCCUGAUCUUCGAGGUUGGUAGCGCCCUAUGUGGUGCUGCACCCAACAUGUCGGCCCUGAUAAUUGGGCGCGUCAUCGCUGGCGUCGGCGGCUCUGGUAUGUAUUCUGGCACCCUGACGUAUGUGUCUGUUUCAACGACGAUGAAUGAGAGACCGGCAUAUAUGGCUGGAAGUACCGCCGUCUGGGGGGUGGGAACAGUUCUAGGCCAUGUGGUUGGCGGGGCUUUUUCAAUAAGCAGCGCCACAUGGCGAUGGGGCUUCUAUAUCAAUUUCGUCAUAGGCGCCGCUUUUGCCCCAGCAUACCUGUUGCUGUUUCCAUCCAUCGAUCCUCAGCCCGGAAAGACGUCCAAGGAGAAACGCGAAAUGAUGGACUGGCCAAUGACAGCGGUCUUCUUGGCCGGGUCUGCCUGCUUCGUCAUGGUAAUUACAUUUGGAGGUAGCCUAUACUCUUGGAAUUCUGGAGCGUUGAUAGCCUUGUGGACGGUGUCUGAUAUCUUCCUAAUUGUGACUUUUCUCCUUGCGAAAUUCCAUCCCGGCGUCUCCAAAGACCACAGGCUGUACCCUGCCCAUUUCCUAAAGCGGCCCAUCUUGAUGAACCUGCAGCUUCAGGUAUUCCUAUCGUCAGCAAUUAUUCUUGCCAUGACAUAUUACAUCCCUCUCUUCUUCCAAUUCGUUCGGGGAGAUGGCCCGCUUGAUGGGGGAAUCAGACUCCUCCCGCUAAUUGUCUUCAUGGUUGUGGUAUCUAUGGUCAACGGCGUCCUCAUGUAUACCAUCCAUGCCGAUACUCCGAAUACAAACAUAUACGGCUACACCAUCCUCAUUGGUGCAGGGGCAGGAUGCUACAUUGUAGCCGGAUUUUCCAUUGUCCAGUCUCUUGUUCUUGUUACGGACAUUGCUAAUGCUGUUGGAGCCAUGACGAUUGCACAAGACCUAGGAAUGGUUCUCUUCCUCGCUAUUUCAGGGAGCAUAUUCCAGAACACAGCAGUCCAGAAGAUCGGCAGCGCCCUCCCCAAUGCCUCGCCAGCCGAGAUAAUGCAGCUUAUGACUGGAACCAGCAGCGCUGUCUAUAUGGACUUGUUUGAAUCGGACAAGCGGGUCGUCAUUCCGCAGAUCACCGACGCUAUGAGCAACGUCUGGUUCAUGUUUCUGGUUGCCGCGGCCCUGAGCUUCGUAUGCUCCCUGCCUCUCGGUCCUAAGCAAAAGCAGCGAAAGGUCAUGUAA